AUGUCGAGCAAAGGAGGCAGCGUGAAGAAGAAGAAGAAGAAGCAGAAGAGGGAAGAAAGGAAAUCCUCUUUUCUGAUAUGCAGGGUCAGGGCGCUUAUAAUAAUAGCUCAGGCUGCAGCCAGUCACUCCAUCUAUGUGUGCUGUGUAUCUUUCUUGGUCUCUUUGGCCGGUGAGCAGCAGCAGCAGAAGCAGAAGAAGAGGAAGACGAAGAAACACAGCAGUGGCCGAGACGGAACAUCCCAUGGAAUCGAAGAAGCCGUUGGGCUAUCCUCCCAUGCGGGCCUUUGCAGGAACAAAGAGCACGAAGUAGCAGCAGGAGAAGAAGAGACAGAAAGACGGAGAAGCAGAAUGACAACGCUUUAA